ACAUAAAUCAGUGUCGGAUCUAAGACGGCGAGUCACGCAGCAGUCUCAGUCGCUCUCCAGUUAUGCCCCACGCCUGACCUGACCAUGUGGUACCCCGUAGCUCUUCUAGGAGCCGCCUUCCUUCUCCAGGUCGUCGCCGAGGACUCUCCCCACCGGACCAAGCGCCUUACCACCUUCGGCAAGACCCCUACCGCCGAGACCGAUCCGAAAAUUUUCUCUGAAAGCCCAGAUGAUGGAUCAAAAAAUCUGUAUGUGCCGUACACACACGGGAUCCCGCGCGGGAAGGAAUGCAGAGGAGACGAGGACUGCGCUGCGCUAGAGUUCACCACCUGUAAGGUGGACACUGACCACAAGUCACGCUGCCUCUGCCACGACCUCAAACCUCCGAUCAACGGGGAGUGUGCUACCAAGAAGCGAGAUGCUCGUGGCUAUGUCCUGAUUGGAAAUAGACGUCCACCAAAAGAUGGAGAACGAUUGUUUUGGCCAGUAAGACACAAGGAGGUGAAUGUUACAACUCCACAACCGCCCCUCUUUCAGCCAUAUGCUGGUAACAACAUAGAACUGCAUCAGAACUGCAACUACGACCACGAAUGCAUACAGGGAGCGGAGUGUGUGGUCAACAACACGGUCAAGGCAAAUGAGAAGCGAUGCUACUGUAGAUUCGGUUAUGAAGAAGAAGACAAUGCAUGUAACAGUGGGUACACAGCCAGUGUCGUGUUCUCUCUAUUUCUGUUAACAUCGCUAGCACUACUCACCACAGAAGCAUUCUGAGUUGCUUAAACUUCACAUAACUGUUCCGUUACAGCACUGUCUUCUCAUCUCCUUGGUUAUGCUUACCAUCAUUGACAUUAUUUGUUCCAUGUAUCAGUUUCAUGUUCGAUAAUAUAUGCUUAUCAUUUUAGGGUUAUAUUCUUUCCUGUAAAACUUUACAUAAAAGCCAUUUUGGAGGUGUUAAGCUGCAUAGUGGAAGAUUUUUAAUGAAAAUAAGCAGAAAUAUUUGUAUAUAGGCUAGUUUACAUAGAAAUGAAUGUAAUUUAAUAUUAUUCAUUAUUUAUUGAGAAUCCGUCCAAUCGUGAACUUCAAUGAAUAGGAUUUACUCCAAUAAAGCUUCAAAAAAUGAUAUUUUUCUAUUAAAUUUGUAAUAGAUAAACCAAUUAUAUGAAUAAUCAUUGAGCUAAAUGAUUGGCACAUCAAAUUAACUUAAUGCUACAGGAUAACUACACAUAUAACAGAUUCACUUAUUACAAACCAGAUGUAAAUAAUAGUAAAUCUAAAUCUAACUAACCUAAUUUAAGAUAUGUAUAAUUUAGAGUACUUUGUUUCAUUGUAUAUGUUGAUACAUCUUGUUAUAUUUUUGAUUAUUAUUGUUACAUUAUUUUCAUAUCAAACUACAUGUUUAAUAUGGCAUGCUGGAUCAUUUCAGAAAAUAACAAACCAAUUGUUACUCUAAAUAUUGAAAAAGUACACAAUUCCUAUCAUUGUUAAUACAGAAACUUAAGGAUCAAACAUUUUAUUUCAUUUUUGUUCUUGAUUAAUACACAAAUCUGGAAACAUAUAAAUAUAUUAUCAUAUACUUAUAAAUAUUGUAAAUAGAGAUAACUGAAGAUUUUGGAGAUUUCCUAAAACAUUAUUAACAUGUGCUUAAAAUCAACAAUCAAGAUAUUACUGUCCGUUAUAGCUUAGUGUAAUAAGUUCAAUGUUUGAUGUACUAGUAAUUGUAGUUAUUUAUUUAAUAAACAGUUUUUUAGUAAA